GCAUCGGUAAAAUGCUAAUUAUCCAGAUAGUUUGUGUUUUGUGUUUAACAACUUUUUCCACAGUUACUUCCAUGAUAUUGCUCUGUGAUCCUUUGGAUAAUGUUUCCUAUCAUAAGCAACUUAACGAGUGUAUCCCAUGUGAUAAAUGUCCUGUUGGCUUCGGGAAAAUAACACUAGAGAUCGGAAAACAUUUAAAUGAACCAAAAAGGAAUCUGACAUUGUAGUAGAUCAACCAUAUGGUUCAUCUAGCUGUAUACCAUGUCGCCCGUGCAAACCAGUGUAUUAUAGUGAUGUACACGCAUACAAAUGUAAACUAUGUACCAACUGUACAGAGUUAAACAAGUCUGAACGCAUGUCUUGUACUUCAAAAGAGGACACAGUCUGUGGAGAACUGCAGUUUAAUGCUAAAAAGGACAAACCUAGGAGUACUGAUAAAAGUGAUGGAGAUACGCAUUCUAAUGGAUUACAAUCAGGUGCAAUUGCAGGAAUUGUGUUGGCAUUGAUAAUAAUUAUUAUAAUUAUAACUGUUGUUGCAUUUGGAUAUAGAUGGAAAUUUAAAAAAGCUCAGCGUAGACAUGAUGUACAGGCAGAGAAUGGGCAAUAUGGUUCUUACGACAAUAUGAUUUGCAACUAUAGUCCUAGCCAAGAGAGAGGAAAACAAUGUACUUAUGAGAAACUUGAUGAACGAAAUAGUCAUCGUGACUCAGAAGAUGACGAAGAUGACGAAACAAAAGCAUUAAUUCCACCAUGUGGGCGCUUUCCGCUCAGACGAAAACGGACGAGACAUUUUACAUACCCUUUCAGUGAAUUAAAAGCUGAUGAUUCAGAAUCUGAUGAAAAUAUAUGUGAUAUUGAACAAGACUCAAAUUUAAGUCUUUCAAAACGGUAUUCGUAUCCUGAUGUGAGUUUUACAAAAGUAUCAAUACAAAACAAUAUUCUAGAUUCUGGUAUAACAGACUUUACAUCACGACAAGAACCACACAAGAUUCUUCUGUCUUUCAAUGUUCCAGAUAAAAACAGAGUGAUAGACAAAGUGCAAACAUGGGAUUGUAAAUAUAAUUGGUCAGAUAAGAACAUUUCCAGGCGUACUGUUUCAGCAUAUAACUUUCUAGAAACACAUGCAAGUGGUCAAGAGAGUGCUCUCAAGAAAGUUCGGGGAUGGGAAAACAAAGAAGAGCUGUCAACAAAGUUUAUGAGUAAAGUAGCCCGACACCUUGGACCACGAUACAAAUUCCGUAGUUUGUCCAGAGAAUUAGGAUUGUCUGACACUGAUCUAAUGAAUAUUCAACAGAACUACAAAGAUGAUGUUGUAGAGCAGGGAUACCAGGUUUUACUGAAAUUAAAACAAAAAGAACUGAUACAGACAGAAAGUGACGUUAUUAAUAAAAUUCUGGAAUUAGGUUUUAAUAAAAUAGCUACCAAAAUUAAUAACCAUGCAAACAUUAUGGUGAACAGACUGUGUGCUUAGUUAUUGAGCAUAUCAACAUUUAAUAAUAUUUAUGUACAAUCGUCUUUGUUUUUGUUGAAGUUUUUGUUCAUGUAUAUGUUUUGUCUUUUAUUUGUUCUUUUAUGUAAAAAUCACAGAUGAUUUUUUGAAAAGAUAGUUGCACAAAUUAUAUACCUUUUUAUUAUAAUUGAUCGGAUUAUUUUCCAGAACUGGUUCACAAGUAUUGAAUGUUUUGUUAAGAGAGAAUGCAUUUUUGAAUCAUUUAUAAUGUUGAUCUACAUGUUUGUUACAUUUUACGGGCAUUUCAUGCUGUACUAUAAAUAUGUUCAUA